AUGGUUACAGAGUUGCCAAAAAAUUCAGAGGAAGUAACCAAAUUAUUACGUUCAAAAGGUAGAAAUACCGAUGAUAUUGUUAAUAUUGUCUCUAAGAUCGAUAAAUUAGAAUUUUACUUUCCUAAUAAGGAAAGUUUUAUACUUGAAUUGAUCCAAGAUAGAUGGAACGAUCAAAGGCUAAUUAAUUUUAAAAUUGAUUAUAGAAUUUGGUCAAUAUUUAAUACUAUGUGGACUAAAAUCAAUGAUGAGAGGACCAAAAAAAAAUUAUUUAAAAGUUUGAAAUUGUUCCCCAUC